AUGGCUGAAGGUGGAGAAGGCGAAGACGAGAUUCAGUUCUUAAGAACUGAUGAUGAAGUGGUGCUUCAGAGCGUCGCUACCAUUCAGAAGGAGAAUCGUAAAUUCUGUCUGUCAGCGGAGGGACUCGGAAAUCGACUAUGCUACUUGGAACCCACCUCUGAAGCUAAGUUCAUCCCUCCUGAUCUGUGUAUCUGUAAUUUUGUGCUGGAGCAGUCUCUGUCUGUGCGUGCUCUGCAGGAGAUGCUGGCAAACGCUGGUCAGGGUGGAGAAGGGAAUGCUGACCAUGAACAAUGGAGGUUCAUAAGGAAGGCGGCUCAAGGGGGUGGACACCGGACACUGCUGUACGGUCAUGCCAUCCUCCUGAGGCAUUCCUUUAGCGGAAUGUACCUGACCUGUUUGAAGACGUCAAGGUCCAUGACGGAUAAACUGUCUUUUGAUGUGGGGUUACAAGAGCAUUCAACAGGUGAGGCGUGUUGGUGGACCAUCCACCCAGCGUCUAAGCAAAGGUCAGAGGGUGAGAAGGUCCGCAUUGGGGAUGACCUUAUUUUGGUCAGUGUGUCAUCAGAAAGGUAUCUGCACCUGUCCAUCUCUAAUGGAAGUAUAAAUGUGGAUGCCUCCUUCAUGCAAACACUGUGGAAUGUCCAGCCUACCUGCUCAGGCAGCAAUGUAGCAGUGGGGUAUUUGCUGGGUGGACAUGUGUUACGUUUGUUUCACGGCCACGAUGAAAGUCUGACUAUACCUGGAGCAGAUCAGAGUCCAGAGCAGCAAAGGUUGGUGAACUAUGAGGCAGGUAAAGGAGGUUCAAGAGCGCGGUCCCUGUGGAGAGUGGAGCCGCUGAGGAUCAGUUGGAGCGGCAGUCACAUACGGUGGGGGCAGCCCUUCCGUUUGCGCCACCUCUCGACGGGUCACUAUCUGGGUCAGGCAGAGGAUGGAGGAUUGGUACUGCUGGACAGAGACAAAUCAGACACCAAAUCUACUUCCUUCUGCUUCAGACCCUCAAAGGAAAAGGUGGAAUCAGGGCCAAAACGAGAUAUCGAUGGGAUGGGAGUUGCGGAGAUUAAGUAUGGCGAUUCGCUCUGUUUCAUCAUGCAUGUUGCUUCAGGCCUUUGGCUCUCCUAUCAAUCACCUGAUGCCAAAUCCUCUCGUUUGGGCCCCCUGAAGAGACGGGCUGUGCUGUCUUUAGAAGGCCAUAUGGACGACGGACUGGUUCUACAGCUGUGCCAGCAUGAGGAAUCCAGGGCUGCUCGAAUUAUCCGCAACACCACUGGACUGCUCAUGCAGUUUAUCAAGGGGUUGGACGGUCUUGGUGGGGAGAAAGCCACUCCAGUCAGCCUGCCUGUGGAAGAGGUCUUGCAAACUUUGAACGAUCUGAUCACAUACUUCCAACAGCCAGACUCCGAGCUAGAGCACGAGGAGAAACAGAGGCAGCUCCGCUCGCUCAUCAAACGCCAGGACCUCUUUAAAGAGGAGGGAAUGCUUACCCUGCUCUCCAACUGCAUCGACCGGCUCAACGUCUACAGCAGCGCCGCUCACUUUGAGGAGUUCGCGGGAGAGGAGGCCGGAGAAGCUUGGAAGGACAUUCUUAACCUCCUGUAUGAGCUUUUAGCAUCCCUAAUCCGUGGUAACAGAACAAACUGUACGCAGUUUUCCCGAAAGCUGGACUGGCUGGUUAGCAAACUGGAGAGACUGGAGUCCUCCUCAGGUAUUCUGGAAGUCCUGCACUGUAUCCUUAUAGAGAGUCCAGAAGCUCUGAACAUCAUACAGAAGGGACACAUCAAAUCCAUCAUAUCGCUCUUGUACAAACACGGUCGCAACCACAAGAUUCUGGAUGUUCUCUGCUCCCUCUGUGUUUGUAAUGGAGUUGCUGUGAGGGCCAAUCAGAACUUCAUCUGUGAUCAUUUGCUUCCUAGGAGAGACCUUCUCCUUCAAACACGAUUGGUUAAUGAUGUUCAGAGUAUGAGGCCCAAUAUCUUUCUGGGUGUGAGUGAGGGAUCGGCUCAGUAUAAGAGGUGGUACUUUGAAUUGAUGAUUGACCAAGUGGAUCACUUCGUAACCAGCGAGCCCACCCACCUUCGCAUCGGCUGGGCCACCACCAAGGGCUACGCCCCCUACCCCGGGGGAGGAGAAGGCUGGGGAGGCAAUGGGGUCGGGGACGACCUCUACUCCUACGGUUUUGAUGGGCUUCAUCUGUGGUCAGGAAGAAUCCCACGAACGGUAGCCUCCAUAAACCAACACCUGUUGAACUCUGAGGAUGUAGUGAGCUGCUGUUUAGACCUGGGAGCUCCCAGCAUGUCUUUCCGCAUCAAUGGGCAGCCAGUCCAGGGCAUGUUUGAGGACUUCAACACCGAUGGCUUCUUCUUCCCCGUUGUCAGCUUCUCAGCAGGGGUCAAAGUUCGUUUUCUGUUGGGAGGUCGUCAUGGUGACUUUAAGUUCCUUCCUCCCGCGGGUUACGCUCCUUGCUAUGAGGCCCUGCUCCCAAAAGAAAAGAUGCGUGUGGAGCCAGUGAAGGAGUAUAAGAGAGAUGUGGAUGGGGUGAGGGACCUGCUGGGUACCACCGAAUUUUUGUCCCAGGCUUCUUUUAUCCCGAUACCUGUGGACACCAGCCAGAUUGUUCUGCCUCCACACCUGGAGACUGUUCGGGAUAAGCUUGCUGAGAACAUCCAUGAACUGUGGGCCAUGAACAAAAUUGAACUUGGCUGGAGCUAUGGCAAGGUACGAGAUGACAACAAGAGACAACACCCUUGCCUCGUCGACUUCUCCAAACUGCCCGAAACCGAAAGGAAUUAUAACCUACAGAUGUCAACUGAGACCUUGAAGACCCUUCUAGCAUUGGGAUGCCACGUUGUACAAGUCAAGCUUGAUGCUGAAGAUGAUCUAAAGAGAAUGAAACUUCCCAAAGAUUACGUGAUGUCUAAUGGUUAUAAACCGUCGCCACUAGAACUUUCUGAUGUUAAAUUGACACCAGGCCAGGAGGUUCUAGUUGAUAAACUGGCCGAGAACGCACACAACGUGUGGGCCAAAGAUAGAAUCAAACAAGGAUGGACCUACGGCAUUCAGCAGGAUUUAAAGAGCAGGCGAAACCCUCGGCUGGUGCCGUAUGCUUUACUAGAUGAACGCACAAAAAAAUCAAACAGAGACAGCCUCAGAGAGGCCAUCCGAACCCUGGUGGGGUACGGAUACAAUAUCGAUCCUCCCGACCAAGAGGCGGUCCACACGGUAGACAGGGAAAAUGUCGAAACCAUCCGUUUCUUCCGCGUUCAGAAGACCUACGCUGUGAAAACUGGGAAGUGGUACUUUGAGUUUGAGGCUGUGACAGGCGGGGAUAUGCGUGUGGGCUGGGCUCGCCCUGGCUGUAGACCUGACAUAGAGCUGGGAUCAGAUGACCAGGCCUAUGUGUUUGAUGGACUCAAGGGUCAGCGUGUACACAUGGGCGGCCAUUUCUUUGGUCGUACCUGGCAAAAAGGAGAUGUGGUUGGCUGUAUGAUCAACAUGGAGGACAAGUCUAUGAUCUUCACUCUCAAUGGAGAAGUUCUCAUCACUAACAAGGGCUCUGAGCUGUGCUUCACUGACUUUGAAACAGAAGACGGGUUCAUCCCAGUAUGCAGCUUGGGCUUGUCUCAGAUUGGGCAUAUGAAUCUAGGCAAAGAUGCCAGUACCUUCAAAUAUUACACAAUGUACGGCCUUCAGGAGGGCUUUGAACCUUUCGCCGUCAACAUGAAUCGUGAAGUCACCAUGUGGUUCAGUAAACGUCUACCCACAUUUUUCAACGUGCCAGAGGAUCACCCCCAUAUAGAGGUAACAAGAAUCGACGGCACUGUUGACACCCCGCCGUGUCUUAAGGUGACCCAUAAGACAUUUGGAACGCAGGCAAGCAACAGUGACAUGGUUUACUGUCGUUUGAGCAUGCCUGUGGAGUUCUAUCCAGGCCCUCGUAAAAACACAGAAAUCAAAGAAAUAAUCGCAGAUGAUCAAAAUGGCAGGAAAGACGGCAGUGGCAAGGUUGACUACGGUAGCAUAACAAAGUACUUCCACUCUGUGAGGGUGUUUGCUGGGCAGGACCCAUCUUCUGUAUGGGUCGGCUGGGUGACCCCUGACUACCAUUACUACAGCAAAAAUUUUAGCCUCGGCAAAGUCCGCACAGUCACUGUUACCCUGGGAGACGAACGAGGCCGUGUCCACGAAAGUGUGAGGAGGAGUAAUUGCUACAUGGUGUGUGCUGGAGACAUCAUCGGAGGCUCCCAUUCAUCUGGCCGUAAUAACACUGAUCUAGAGAUCGGCUGUCUCAUUGACCUGGCCACUGGUUUGGUCGCCUUCACUGCCAAUGGCAAAGAGAUGCCUACUGCAUACCAGGUUGAGCCCAAUACAAAGCUGUUCCCUGCUGUGUUUGUUCGGCCUACGAGCCCCAAUCUGUUCCAGUUUGAGUUUCCAAAAAUCCAAGACUGCAUGCCCUUAUCCUCGGCUAUUUUUAAGAGCCUGCAGAAGAACCCUGAGCCCCGGUGCCCUCCUCGUCUGGACGUACAGACUAUUGUCUCUGUGCUUUGGAGCAGAAUGCCCAACACUUUCCUCUCUGUGGAGACAGCCAGGGUCAGUGAAAGACACGGCUGGGUCGUACAGUGCUUAGAGCCUCUGCAGAUGAUGGCUGUUCACAUACCCGAGGAAAACAGAUGUAUAGACAUUUUGGAGCUGUCCGAACACGAGGGACUGCGUCAGUUCCACUACCAUACGCUGAAGCUUUACUGCGCCCUUUGUGCUUUGGGGAAUACCCGUGUAGCUCAUGCUCUCUGCAGCCACCUUGAUCAAUCUCAGCUCCUCUACACCAUCGACAAUCAGUAUCUGUCAGGCCAGCUGCGUGAGGGCUUCUACAAUGUUCUGAUCAGUAUCCACCUGGAUACGGCCAAGGAGGCACGUCUCAUGAUGAACAGUGAGUUCAUCAUCCCUGUUACAGAUGAAACUCGCAGUAUCCGCCUCUUCCCAGAUGAUUCCAAACGCCAUUCGCUCCCUGGUGUGGGCCUGAGCACCUCCCUAAAGCCCAGGCUCCUUUUCACACCACCGUGCUUCAUCACCACCAAACGUGAACAACGCCUGUACAGCCCUCAGAUCCCUCUAGGCAUCCUGAAGGAGAAAGCCAUUAGCAUGUUGACUGAGGCCGUACAAGGAGGUGGGAUCCAUAUUCGUGAUCCGGUGGGUGGCAGUGUGGAGUACCAGUUUGUGCCCAUUCUCAAGUUGAUUGGCACACUCCUCAUCAUGGGAGCACUAACCAGUGAGGAGGUGCAACUCAUUCUGCUCCUCAUCGAGCCCAAUGUUUUUGGGGAAGCUAAGAGCGAGGAAGAGGAGCAGCCAGCAGCCGUAGCUGGAGGGGAGGAGCAGGAGGCAGGGAAAGAGGAGGUGACCAGUAAUGAGGAGAAGGCAGUGGAGGCUGGAGAAGAGGAAAGUGGGAAGGAGGCCAAACCACCAAUGAAAGGACUGCUGGAGAAACGUCUUCCUGAAUCUGUGAAACGUCAGAUGUGUGCGCUGCUUCACUAUUUCUGUGAUUGCGAACUCAAGCAGCGAAUUGAGGCCAUUGUGGCUUUCUCCGACGCCUUUGUGGCGAAACUGCAGUAUAACCAGAAGUUCCGCUAUAACGAGCUAAUGCAGGCCCUGAACAUGUCUGCUGCCGUUACCGCCAAGAAGACCAAGGAGUUUCGUUCGCCACCACAAGAGCAGAUCAAUAUGCUGCUAAACUUUAGUGCUGGGGAGGACUGCCCGUGUCCCGAGGAAAUUCAGGAGGAGCUGCAAAUUUUCCAUGAUGAUCUGCGGCUACACUGCGGCAUUCCUGUGGAGGAGGAAGAGGAGGAACAGGACACGUCGAUUAAAGGCCGUCUUCUGGCACUGCUGUACAAAAUCAAAGGUCGCCCUCAGAAAACUGAGGAAGAACCCACACAGGAGGAACACGCCGCUCCUACCAAUCUGAAGGAACUGAUCUCUCAGACAAUGGUAACCUGGGCCCAGGAGAGUCUGAUCCAGGACCCGGAGCUGGUACGCAGCAUGUUCAGCCUUCUGCGGCGGCAGUACGACGGCGUCGGGGAGCUACUGCGGGCCAUGAAGAAGAGCUAUACCAUCAGCGCCGCCUCCGUACAGGACGCCAUCAACCUGCUGGCAUCGCUGGGUCAGAUCCGUUCGCUGCUCAGCGUCCGUAUGGGAGAGGAGGAGGGUCAACUCAUGAUUGACGGCCUAGGAGAUAUCAUGAACAACAAGGUGUUCUAUCAGCACCCCAACCUCAUGCGUGUGUUAGGCAUGCACGAGACUGUCAUGGAAGUCAUGGUCAACGUACUUGGAGGAGACAAGUCUCAGGAGAUUGCUUUUCCCAAAAUGGUGGCCAGCUGCUGUCGUUUCCUGUGCUACUUCUGUCGUAUCAGCCGGCAGAACCAGAAAGCCAUGUUUGAUCACCUGAGUUACUUACUGGAGAACAGCAGCGUGGGACUGGCCUCCCCAGCCAUGAGAGGGUCCACUCCCCUAGAUGUGGCGGCUUCAUCUGUGAUGGACAAUAACAGCCUGGCUCUUGCACUGGAGGAACCCGACCUGGAGAAGGUGGUGACAUACCUGGCUGGAUGCGGACUGCAGAGCUGCGCCAUGUUGGUUGCUAAGGGUUACCCUGACAUCGGCUGGAACCCCAUCGAAGGAGAGCGUUAUUUGUCCUUCCUUCGGUUUGCCGUCUUUGUCAAUGGUGAAAGCGUUGAAGAGAAUGCUAACGUGGUGGUGAAGCUGUUGAUCAGACGUCCUGAAUGUUUUGGCCCAGCGUUGAGGGGAGAAGGGGGGAACGGCCUCCUGGCUGCUAUGUUAGAAGCCAUUAAAAUCUCCGAGGAUCCGACGCUGGAUCUGCCAACCCCCCCUGAGGGCACAACAGCAGGGGCGGGGGCAGAGGAAGAGGAAGAAGAGGUAGCACACAUGGGCAACUCCAUCAUGUCCUUCUACUCAGCCCUUAUUGACCUGCUGGGACGCUGUGCUCCGGAAAUGCACCUUAUCAACAAGGGUAAAGGAGAAGCACUGCGUAUCCGGGCAAUCCUUCGUUCUCUGGUGCCAACCAAAGACUUGGUGGGCAUCAUUAGCAUCCCACUGAAAAUGCCAGUCGUCAACAAAGACGGCUCUGUGACAGAGCCCGACAUGUCAGCCAGCUUCUGUCCGGACCACAAGGCUCCCAUGGUACUUUUCCUGGAUCGUGUGUAUGGUAUUGAGGACCAAAGCUUCCUGCUCCAGCUGCUGGAGGUGGGAUUCCUGCCGGAUCUCCGUGCCUCCGCCUCUCUGGACACGGAGGUGCUGAGUACAACAGAGACGGCUUUGGCCCUGAACAGGUACAUUGGCUCGGCGGUGCUCCCCCUGUUGACACGUUGCGCCUCACUGUUCUCUGGCACAGAGCACUACGCUACGCUCAUCGACUCCGCCCUGCAGACCAUCUACAGGCUCUCCAAAGGUCGCUCAUUAACCAAGGCCCAGAGAGAUGCCAUUGAGGAAUGCAUACUUGCCAUCUGCAAGCACCUGCGACCCUCUAUGCUACAGCAGCUCCUACGCAGACUGGUCUUUGACGUGCCACUGCUAACUGAGUACUGCAAGAUGCCUAUCAGGCUCUUGACCAAUCAUUACGAACAGAACUGGAAGUACUACUGUCUGCCAACUGGCCUGGGAAGCUAUGGCAUUGCUUCUGAUGAGGAACUUCUUCUUACCAAGAAACUCUUCUGGGGACUUUUUGACUCAUUAUCUCAGAAGAAAUAUGAUCCUGAGCUAUUCAAGAUGGCCAUGGCUUGCCUCAGUUCCAUAGCGGGGGCCAUACCACCUGAAUUUGUGGAUGCCAGCCUGGGUACCACCUUGGUGAAGCAAAUCUCAGUGGAUGCACAGGGCAAUUUUGAUCCUCAGCCCAUUAACACUGCCAAUAUCUCCCUGCCUGAAAAACUGGAUUAUAUUGCCAGCACAUAUGCUGAGCAUUCCCAUGAGAAAUGGUGUUUUGACAAGCUGGCCCAGGGCUGGUCGAUGGGAGAAAAAGUGGAUGAGAAGGCCAAAACUCAUCCUCUGCUAAAGCCUUACAAAGAGCUGAGUGAGAAGGAAAGGGAGACAUAUCGCUAUCCAGUGAAAGAGUCUCUGAAGAGCAUGCUCGCUAUGGGCUGGAACAUUGAGAGAACCAAAGAAGGAGAGGCCAUGUUCCAACAACGUGAAAGCGAGAAACAGCGCAAGGCUUCCGAGUCCUCACAGGCAAAUGGAUACAGUCCAACGUCACUAGAUUUGGAUAAUGUGAUCCUGUCUAGAGAGUUACAGGGAAUGGUUGAGAUCGUGGCUGAAAAUUACCACAACAUUUGGGCAAAGAAGAAGAAAAUGGAACUCAGCAGCAAAGGUGGUGGCACCCACCCAUUGCUAGUGCCCUAUGAUACUCUAACGGCCAAGGAGAAGUUCAGGGAUCGGGAGAAGGCUCAAGAACUGUUUAAAUUUCUGCAGGUCAAUGGAUACGCCAUCAGCAGAGGACUCAAAGACAUGGAGCAGGAUUCGUCAUCCAUGGAGAAGAGAUUUGCCUAUCAGUUCCUGAAGAGGCUGUUGAGUUUGGUUGACUCUGCACAAGAAUUCAUCGCCCACCUGGAGGCCAUGGCCAGCAGUGGGAAAACAGACAAAUCUCCCCAUGAACAGGAGAUCAAGUUCUUUGCCAAGGUGUUGCUCCCCCUCAUUGACCAGUAUUUUAAGAACCACAGCCUGUACUUCCUGUCCACUCCCAGUAAAAAUCUGAGCAGCAGUGGCUAUGCUUCCAACAAAGAGAAAGAGAUGAUUGCCAGUUUGUUCUGUAAACUGGCUGCUCUGGUCAGACACAGAAUUUCUCUCUUCGGAAGUGAUUCCCCCACUAUGGUUAGCUGUCUCCAUAUCCUGGCACAUUCGCUUGACUUAAGGACAGUGAUGAAGUCUGGCUCAGAGCUGGUGAAGGCUGGAGUCAGGACGUUCUUUGAAAAUGCAGCAGAAGAUUUGGAGAAGACCCUAGAGAACCUGAAACUGGGCAAACUGGGCCAGUCACGUACGCAGAUGAAGGGCGUCGCCCAGAUCAUCACUCACACGACUACGGCCCUAUUGCCCAUUCUCACAGCUCUUUAUGAACACAUCACUCAACACCAGUUUGGGGUGGACCUGAUAUUGGAUGAUGUCCAGCUGUCCUGCUAUCGGAUCCUGACCUCUUUAUACUCUCUGGGCAAUGGGAAGAACAUCUUUGUUGAGAGGCAGCUCCCAGCUCUGGGUGAGUGUUUGGCCACUUUAGUGGGAGCCAUGCCAGUGGCCUUCCUGGAGCCAGAUCUGAACAUGCAUAACCCGCAAUCCGUCUUCAACACCAAGACGCCUCGAGAGAGAGCCAUCUUAAGCAUGCCGGACACAGUGGAGGAGAUGUGUCCUGAGAUGCCACGGCUGGAUGGUCUGAUGAAGGACAUUCACGAUGUGUCUGAAUCCGGGGCACGUUACACGGAGAUGCCGCAGGUCAUCGAGGUCAUACUCCCCAUGUUGUGUAACUACCUGUCCCGCUGGUGGGAGAAGGGACCCGAAAACUCUCCCAGCGGGACCAGCUGCUGCACCACUGUCACCUCAGAACACCUCAGCCUCAUCCUGGGCAACAUCCUCAAAAUUCUCAAUAACAACCUGGGUAUUGAUGAGGCUCCCUGGAUGAAGAGGCUUGCAGUGUAUACCCAGCCAAUCAUCAGCAAGGCUGGGGCCGACCUACUGAAGAGCCAUUUCCUGCCCACUCUGGAAAAACUGAGGAAGAAGACGAUGAAGGUGGUGACAGAGGAGGAGCUGCUGAAAACAGAGAGUCGAAGCGACACACAGGAGGCUGAACUGCAGGUCCUGGACGAAUUUGCUGUGCUCUGCAGGGACUUGUAUGCUUUCUACCCUAUGCUUAUCCGAUACGUGGACAAUAACAGGUCCAAAUGGCUGAAACAUCCUGAUGCAGAUUCAACUCAACUCUUCAAGAUGGUUUCAGACAUAUUCAUUCUGUGGUGUAAAUCACAUAACUUCAAAAGGGAGGAGCAGAACUUUGUUGUUCAAAAUGAAAUAAACAACCUGGCUUUCCUCACUGGAGACAGCAAGACCAAGAUGUCAAAGUCUGGAGGACAAGAUCAGGAGAGGAGACACAAAAGGAGAAGAGGUGAGUUCUACUCGAUCCAGACCUCUCUUAUCGUGGCCGCCCAUAAGAAGUUAUUGCCCAUUGGCCUGAACAUGUGUACCCCCGGAGACCAGGAGCUCAUCUCCCUCGCCAAGAUCCGCUACAGCCUGAAAGACACUGACGACGAGGUGAAAGAUUAUUUGCGACAGAACCUACACCUUCAAGAGAAGUCUGAGGACCCUGCAGUGCAGUGGCAGUUGAACCUCUAUAAGGAUAUAGUGGUCAAGGAUGAGGGACCUCCAGACUCUGAACACGCUGUGGAGAGAGUUCAACGGAUCUCAGCUGCAGUGUUUCACCUGGAGCAGGUAGAGCAGCCUCUGAGGAAUAAGAAGCUGGUUUGGCAGAAACUGUUGUCCAAACAACGGAAACGUGCGGUGGUGGCCUGUUUCCGCAUGGCUCCUCUGUAUAAUCUCCCCAGGCAUCGCUCUAUUAACCUCUUCCUAAUGGGCUAUCAGAGGCUUUGGAUAGAGGCAGAAGAGUACUCCUUUGAGGAGAAGCUAGUGCAGGACCUGGCAGUAAGUAUUGGGGUGGCAUUGGCCCCGUGUAUGCCAGCUGGCGCCCCGCUGCCUGUCGAAUGUCCCGCGCGCACGAUGCCCGCCGAGCCGCGGGAACGCAUCCCCGUCCGCCUGGUGUGGUCUUCCUCCUCCUCGUCUUGGCCUGUCUUUCGCUCUGGCUAUCUGGCACACUACCGACAGAGGCAUACGCUGAGGCAACAGGCCUUGCGCCCGAGCCUCAUCUCAACUCACCUCUCUAGAAAAGCACUUUAUUUCAGCACUGUAGCGAAAAUCCCCAUGAAGAAAGUGGAGGAGGAGGAGGAAGAGGAAGCUGAGGUUCAGCCAGAUCCCCUUCAUCAACUCAUCCUUCACUUCAGCCACAAUGCACUCACCGAGAGAAGUUUCCUGGAAGAAGAUCCCUUGUAUAUCGCAUAUGCUGACAUGAUGGCAAAGAGUUGUGCAGAAGAUGAAGAAGAAGAAGAUGAGGAGAAAGAAAAGACAUUUGAGGAAAAGGAGAUGGAGAAACAGAAGAUCCUGUAUCAACAGGCUAGACUGCAUGCCCGAGGCGCAGCAGAGAUGGUGCUUCAGAUGAUCAGCGCCAGUAAAGGGCGGCUUGGGCCUAUGGUGACUGUCACUCUAAAACUGGGCAUCUCUAUCCUCAACGGUGGUAAUGUGCUUGUCCAGCAGAAAAUGCUGGAUUACUUGAAAGAUAAAAGGGAUGCAGGCUUUUUCAAAAGUUUAUCUGGACUCAUGCAGUCUUGCAGUGUCCUGGACUUGAAUGCAUUUGAGAGGCAAAAUAAAGCAGAAAGCCUUGGAAUGGUGACUGAAGAAGGCUCAGUCAACGUGAGUGAGCGGGGUUCCAAAGUUUUGCAGAACGAUGAGUUCACAAAGGAUCUCUUUAGGUUUUUGCAACUCCUGUGUGAGGGUCACAAUGAUGAUUUCCAAAACUUCUUAAGAACUCAGACAGGAAACACAACUACUGUCAACAUUAUCAUUAGCACGGUGGACUACCUGCUCCGUCUGCAGGAAUCCAUUAGUGAUUUCUACUGGUAUUAUUCUGGAAAAGAGGUUCUUGAUGAGACUGGACAAAUCAACUUCUCCAAAGCCUUGUCAGUAGCUAAACAGAUCUUCAACUCACUCACUGAGUACAUCCAGGGGCCUUGCAUUGGGAACCAGCAGAGCCUGGCUCACAGCAGGCUGUGGGAUGCUGUGGUGGGAUUCCUGCACGUUUUUGCUAAUAUGCAAAUGAAACUAUCACAGGAUUCCAGUCAGAUUGAGCUACUGAAGGAACUUAUGGAUUUACAGAAGGAUAUGGUGGUUAUGCUACUGUCUCUACUGGAGGGUAAUGUGGUCAAUGGAACAAUUGGUAAGCAGAUGGUGGAUACCUUAGUGGAGUCCUCAGGCAAUGUGGAGAUGAUCCUCAAAUUCUUUGAUAUGUUCCUCAAGUUGAAGGACCUGACUACCUCAGACAGUUUCAAAGAGUAUGACCCUGAUUGCAAAGGAGUCAUAUCCAAGAAGGAGUUUCAAAAGGCUAUGGAAAGCCAAAAACAAUACACGCAGUCCGAGAUUGAGUUCUUGUUGUCCUGUGCUGAAGCUGACGAGAAUGAUAUGUUCAAUUAUGAGGAGUUUGUGGAACGGUUCCAUGAGCCUGCAAAGGACAUUGGUUUCAAUGUGGCUGUGCUGCUUACUAAUCUGUCUGAACACAUGCCUCAUGAUACUCGUCUGGCCACCUUCCUGGACUUGGCUGAGAGCUUGCUCAGUUACUUUGAACCCUAUCUUGGCCGUAUUGAGAUAAUGGGUGGCGCUAAGAGAAUUGAAAGGGUGUAUUUUGAGAUCAGCGAGUCCAGUAGGACCCAGUGGGAGAAGCCACAGGUCAAAGAGUCCAAACGCCAGUUCAUCUUCGAUGUGGUCAAUGAGGGGGGCGAGAGCGAAAAGAUGGAGCUGUUUGUCAAUUUCUGUGAGGACACCAUUUUUGAGAUGCAGCUGGCAUCUCAAAUCUCUGAACCAGACGUAGCAGAACGACCAGAAGAGGAUGAAGAAGAAGUCCACAGUUUGCUGGAGGAUCUGGUUGAGGAGGAGGAGGAGGAGAAAUCACUAGAGUCUGCCUCUGCUUUCACAGCUGCUUGUGCCUCCAUGAAAAAAAGCUUUAGCAAUUUCCGGCAGAUGCUAACCUUCAAGAACUUGCGCAAGCGUCUGAAGAACUUGAGGAAGUUAACCAUCAAAGAGAUGAUCACUGGUUUCUUCUCCUUCUUCUGGAUGCUUUUCACUGGAUUUUUCCGUGGCAUUUACAGUGUGAUCUUUGGCUUCUUCCACAUUAUAUGGUCCUCUAUGUUUGGAGGAGGACUCGUCGAGGGAGCCAAAAACAUGAAAGUGACUGAUAUCCUGGGCAACAUGCCUGACCCUACUCAAUUUGGGAUACAUGGGGACGUAAUAGAGGCAGAAAAAGCAGAGAGCAGUGAGUUAGUAGUGGCUACAGAACUUGUCCAAAUGGCCCAAGGAGACAAGUCUGAAGCUGAUAUCAUUCUGGAGCUGAUAACUCCUCCUCCCAAGAAAGAGGGGAAGCAUGGGCCAGAACCAGGACUGGGGGAUGUAUCUGAGAUCAAGGCAGAGGCUAGUCCUCCUGUCGAAAAGAAGAAAAAGGCUGCUGCAGAGGUGCCAGACUCAGAGCCCGAAAAAGCUGACACUGAACAUCCAGAAAAGGAGGACAAGUCUAAGGAGGAGGCACCAGCUGAACCCACAGCAGAAGAGAAGCCAGCUCCAAGGGUUAAACGUGGCUCACAGAAGGAUGAAUCUCAAGCAUUCAUGGCUAGCUUCUUUGCAGGCCUUGAAGUCUACAAGACAAAGAUGCUGAAUUACCUGGCUCGCAACUUCUACAACCUCCGUUUUCUGGCACUGUUUGUAGCAUUCGCUAUUAACUUCAUUCUGCUGUUCUACAAGGUGAGUGGAGAGGAGUCUGAAGAAGAGGAGGAUGAUUCCUGGGGUUCUGAUGAUAAUGGUGAGGAGGACGAUGAAGACAGCGGGGUAUUCUACGUGCUACAGGAGAGUACCGGCUACAUGGCUCCCACUUUGACUUUCCUGGCUGUGGCGCACACGGUCAUUUCCUUCCUUUGUGUGGUGGGAUACUACUGCCUUAAGGUUCCUCUGGUGGUGUUCAAACGGGAGAAGGAAAUUGCCAGAAAAUUGGAAUUUGAUGGCUUGUACAUUACUGAACAGCCAUCUGAUGAUGACAUUAAAGGACAAUGGGAUCGUUUGGUUAUUGCAACUCCGUCCUUUCCCAAUAACUACUGGGACAAAUUUGUUAAAAGAAAGGUUAUUAAUAAGUAUGGGGACUUGUAUGGAGCAGAGCGUAUUGCUGAACUGCUUGGCUUGGAUAAAAGUGCACUAGACUUUGACCCCACAGAGGAAAUGGUGGUGAAAGAGGCCUCUUUGGUUUCCUGGUUGAGCUCCAUUGACACCAAGUACCACAUCUGGAAAAUGGGAGUUGUGCUCACUGAUAACUCUUACCUGUACCUGAUUUGGUACACCACCAUGUCCAUCCUUGGGCACUACAACAACUUCUUCUUUGCCGCUCACUUGUUGGAUAUUGCUAUGGGUUUCAAGACACUGAGGACCAUUCUGUCCUCUGUCACUCACAAUGGAAAACAAUUGGUGUUGACAGUGGGUCUGCUGGCAGUUGUGGUCUACCUGUACACGGUGGUUGCUUUCAAUUUCUUCCGGAAGUUCUACAACAAGAGUGAGGAUGAGGACGAACCUGACAUGAAGUGUGACGACAUGAUGACUUGCUACCUGUUCCAUAUGUAUGUGGGUGUGAGAGCUGGAGGUGGCAUUGGAGAUGAGAUUGAGGAUCCGGCUGGGGACCCGUACGAGCUUUACCGUAUCCUCUUCGACAUCACUUUCUUCUUCUUUGUCAUUGUCAUCCUCUUGGCCAUCAUCCAGGGUUUGAUCAUUGAUGCCUUUGGAGAGCUAAGAGAUCAGCAAGAGCAAGUGAGAGAGGACAUGGAGACGAAAUGCUUCAUCUGUGGCAUUGGGAAUGACUACUUUGACACGACUCCGCAUGGCUUUGAGACCCACACCUUACAGGAGCACAACCUGGCCAAUUACCUAUUCUUCCUGAUGUAUCUCAUCAACAAGGAUGAGACUGAACAUACAGGCCAGGAGUCGUAUGUGUGGAAGAUGUAUCAGGAGAGGUGCUGGGAUUUCUUCCCUACUGGAGACUGUUUCCGCAAGCAAUAUGAGGACCAGCUGGGCUAG